AUGUAUUUCUCAACGUCGUCUCUCGCCCUCCUGGCUUCGGCCCCUCUGGCGGCUCUCGCCGGCAAGCCUAGCCCCGGGCUCGACACGCUCGCUAAGAAGGCUGGGCUCAAGUACUUUGGUGCGGCCACUGACUCGCCGGGCCAGCGUGAGCGCGCCGGUUUCGAGUCUGCCUACCCCCAGUACGACGAGAUCAUGUGGAAGUCGCGCGAGUUUGGCCAGACCACGCCUACCAACGGGCAGAAGUGGCUUUUCAGCGAGCCGAAGCGCGGCGAGUUCAACUUCACCGAGGCCACCAUCGUGACCUCGCUGGCCCACAAGAACCACAAGACGCUGCGGUGCCACGCGCUCGUUUGGCACAGCCAGCUGGCCCCUUGGGUCGAGGAGACCGAGUGGACCCCCGAGGAGCUGGAGCAGGUCAUCGUCGACCACAUCACUGGCGUGAUGGGCCACUUCAAGGGCGAAUGCUACGCCUGGGACGUCGUCAACGAGGCGCUCAACGAGGACGGCACCUACCGGUCAUCUGUCUUCUACGACACCCUCGGCGAGGACUUCCUCAAGAUCGCGUUCCGCACCGCGUCCAAGAUCGACCCGGACGCGAAGUUGUACUACAACGACUACAACAUUGAGUCCCCCGGUGUCAAGGCCGAGGGUGCCCAGCGCAUCGUCCGCCUGCUCAAGGACGAGGGCAUCCGGAUCGACGGUGUCGGUCUCCAGGCUCAUUUCGUCGCGGAGAGCCACCCUACUAUCGACGACCACAUUUCCACCAUCAAGGGCUUCACCAAGCUCGGUGUGGAGGUCGCCUUCACCGAGCUUGAUGUGCGCAUGCAGGUGAACGCCACCGAGAAGGGUCUUGUCCUGCAGAAGGAGGCCUACAAGAAUGCCGUUGGCGCGUGUGUCCAAGUCUGUGGCUGCGUCGGUGUCACCAUCUGGGACUUUUAUGACCCCUUCAGCUGGGUCCCGCCCGUCUUCCCCGGUCAGGGUGCCGCCCUGCUCUGGUUUGAGGACUUUACCAAGCACCCGGCCUACGACGGUGUUGUUGAGGCGCUGACCAACAACACUGGCAAGGGCAAGGGCAAGGGCAAGGGCAAGAAGCGGUCGGUGAACCUGUUGGAGGGUUACUAG